CACCACCAGAUUCCCCCAUCCAUUGAGAACAGCAUCAUGACACGAUAACACAACUUGCACCAUGGGCCGCUACUCCUUCGCCACACAGAACGUGCAAAAGACCGCCUCACAACUCCUCCACGUCAAUCGCAUUCCCGCUCCACCGCCGUGGUACCAAGCCAUCGCCAACACACCACCCUCCACACGCCUCACGCGCCCACCUCUGCAGCGAUCCAAUGCGCCCAACAAAAAGUCCAAUCGGAAAUCAUCACGCCUUUUCAAACCUUUGAGCAUCAAAUAUACUGAAGACCAAUUGCGAUGGGAGUACUUCAAUGACCACCCAUGGGAGUUGGCGAGGCCGAGAGUGGUUCUGGAAGACAAUGGGCGAGACCGAGAAGUGUAUGACUGGAGCAUACCCCUAGACUACAGCCUGCGAAGACCUCGAGUGGGAGCCCGUGAUGAGUUCGGGAGGGGCACAGCGGAAUGGGAAGAAGUGAUGAAAGUGCAAGGGAGUAGACCGAUUAAUGGUGAAGCCGUCGUCCAACGUUGGCAAUAUCUCUUAACACACACCGAAAUGACCCAAGCAGCAGCAUACGACCAAGCGAGAAAAGAGCUAUACCGGUAUCGACAUCACCGAGAGGUGGAAGCACGAGUAGCAAGAGAAGAAGCACAAGCAACAGGCGCAUACUUCGGUCUUGGACCAUUAGAAGUAGGCGAUCUAUUAGAAGACAAAGCAUUCGAGGACUGGAAGCAAUGGGCCAUCAAGCAGACACAAGAGCUGAAGGCAAUGCAAAGUAGCGCCUAUACCGGAGCUGAAGACGGCGCAGAACUACAGCUAGAAGAGCCAGAAGCUGAUGCAGCGUUGCAAGAAGUGUCAAGUAGUGUACCUGCCAGCAGAGCCGGGCAGACAGCAAGAGGUGGAGCACCUGUAAGACCGUAGAGGGGAGACGAAUCAAAAUAGUGUAUGAUACCCAGAUCCCUUCGAGUUCAGACGUCGUAUUCGCC